UUUUCUUCUUAAGUUCUUGGCUGCCCCAGAUGGUUCCAUUCCAAGGAAGUCACUGGGAGACUUCACUGCUGGCGUUCAGGGCCUCUCUCCCCAUGAGAGCACAACCAAAGAAGAAGAAGAAAGUGGAUGUAAAGAGAGAGCAAGCACAGAAGGAUCGUAUGAAAAAGAAGAUUAAAAAGUUGGAAAAAGCUGCCCCUGAAAUGAUUCCAAUUGAGGAUUUUGUAACACCACUUAAGUACUCGGAUAGCAACAGGGUGCGAAGUCUUACCCCUCUGUCAUUUGAGGAGACUGAAAGAAGAGUUUUACUUAUGAAAAAGUGGUGUUUGUUUAAGCAGAAACAAGAUAAGGCAGAGAAGAAAGCAAUUCAGACCCUUGUAGAAGCUCAGCAAGAGGCACUAAAGGAACUGCGCCUUGAAUCUGAAGAGCUGUAUCAGGCAGCAAUCAGACGAGAUGAGGGGCUCUUCCCCUUUGAGAGAGAUGGACCUAAUUAUACCCCGCCACUUCCUGGUUAUGAUCCUCCUGAAGGAAAAUGUGUUGAUAUCACCAAAGUGUAUACACAGUGAUGGAGGAGUUUGUUCAUCCAGCAUGAGCUACGCAGCCGACUGAAGAAGGAAAGAAUGGAAUAAGAAUAAACAAUUUCUUCUGCAGGUUAAAAUACUGUAGGUGUGUGACUGUAAAAAAAAAAGUAUUAAUGAAG